UACAAAAUGGCUGCAGAUUUGGGAAUACUAAAAUGAUAUGAGCUAAGAAAGCAAGAUUUAGGAAAAGAUCGGUUGAAAAAAUCUAUGGCGAGACGAAAUGGCCAAAGGUACAACGGUUCGACAAAGGGAGAAAAAGAAAUCUUACUUGACAAGUAAGAAUUUCACGGACUCUACAGUUGGCAGUUCUACUUCGAGCGAUGUUUCGCCAAUCAACGAGGAUCUUCACAACCAAAGUCUUUGGGGAUAUUGUGUUUUUGCCAUUCUACUGUCAGUUGGCAGCGUUUCACUGUUUUGUUUGAAAAAUACUGAGUUGUUUUCUCGAACAUGGAGAUCAAUCCAAGUUUCACACAGAUUUUACAGCAGUGCAGAUCAAAACGCUGUAGAACUUCCGUGUAACUUCGGAGACAACUUCACCGUUGAUCGCCGCUCUGAUCUAAGCCUGGAGGAAUUCAUCCGUUGCUAUGAUGCCAAAAGACCAGUUGUUAUAACAGAUGUUGUUAGAAACUGGAAAGCUAUGAACUGGACUAAAUCAUUCCUUGUCAGUAACUAUGGAGACAAGAGAGUAUCAAUGAAAGCCACAGAGGGUCCUUUAAACAAAGCCCAGGGAUUUGCCGUUCCUUUGAAGACUUUUGCAGAACAUGUACAUGAAGGCCAACCUGAGGUGUGGACAUAUCUGGAAGAUGAGCUGUUUAUAGAAAUGAAUCCAGAACUGAGAGAUUAUCUAGGGCAGCCUGUCUAUCUGAAGGAAGAUUUUUUCCAGUUGUUACCAAAAGAGAUUCGACCGUGGAAUGCCAUGCUUUUGUGGGGUACAGCUCAUUCAAGGUCAUCUCUUCACAUAGAUCCUUACAACUGGACUGGCACAAACGCUGUUUUAUCUGGAAAGAAAAUGUGGAAGCUUUAUCCUCCUGGACAAGACCACUUAUUGUACGUCAGACAACAUCAACGCUGUGGAUUCCCUCUGGAUUGUUGGAAAUACAAUAGUCCAAUAGAUGCAUAUAACCCAGACUACAAACAGUAUCCAAAGUUUAGGCAAGCAAAAGCUAUCUCUUUUACUCAGGAAGCUGGAGACCUUUUCAUCAUUCCUACAGGCUGGUUUCACCAGGCAUACAACCCUGUGGAAACGAUGGCUAUUAGCAGUCAAGUGAUGAAUUCACAGAAUUACAAAUUGGUUCUAGACGAGAUUUACAAAGGCGGAGAAGUAGAUCGGAAGAAACUGCCGGGAAUUUUUGACAGUUUAUCCGCGAGAGAACAAGUUGAAGCUGUUGUGAAGAUUAUUCCAAAGGAUAUCAUCAGAAAAGGGAAGAGAGUGACAGAGGACAUUCUGAAUCAACUCAAGUGGAAUGGAAAGGGCAAACGACACAAGAAAUGAAUGAUUCAAUACUUGAAGCCAUCGAAGAGAAAUCACCGAGAAUUGUUUGAGCCCGCGGUGUUCAGCGGAGAAGUUGCUUAGCAACUUAACGUGUCCUAAGCCGACGAGUUGAAGGAGUGACUUGGAGUGCUCGUGCUUUUCUUGGUCUGUUUAUGAUUGGACAAUAAGACCCGGGAGCUCGUCACCGAGGAUUCAGCGAGUAUUCUCGGAAAACGGCACUCUCUUAUACCCUUGGCUGACAUACAUAAGAAAAGGAAGAUUCACAAGUCCUAAAGACAUGUAUAUUAAACAUUAAAAAUUAAAUUUUAGGUAAUCAUUGGAAAUGAAAUUUCACGCGAAAAGUUAAAAAUGCGAUAACAAUUUUUUUUCUUGUGGCGGAUGUAGAGAAAUAAGUUGAUACUGUCAUUUGGACUCUGUUUUUUUGUUUGUGUGGCAAAAGAAAAGAUUGUCACAGCUAUCUACAUGCAUCUGUAAUACAUAGAAGUGUUUUUUUUUUUUCUUCAAACGUGCAUACAAGUUAAGUUUAUAUGUUCUUCUGUUUUUAGCGUUUACUUAAUGCUUACUCGACAAAAUUCAUUCUUUGACAUCAGCCAGAUCGCCUCAUGCCAAGACUUUGAGAGAUUCUAGUCUUACACAGCAAAACAUUUUAAAGAAUUUGUAAAAUAAAUCACGAACUAAAGAAAAACA